UGUUCAACAGGGGGCGCUGUGAGACGCUUAACGCCGUCAAGGAGCUCAGAAGGAGAGCAGCUCCAGUUUGAUUGGAAGAAGUGGUACAUCAACAAAAAAAAGAUGGCCGAAGUGAUAGAGCUGCACAAAUUAAAGCUUGCAGAACUGAGGCAGGAGUGUGAAGCCCGAGGUCUGGAGACCAAGGGGAACAAAGGAGACCUGAUCGCCCGACUCCAGGCCUACCUGGAGGAGCACGAAGAAGAUGUGGAUGUCGAUGAUGUGCUGGCUGAGGAUUCUGUGGACUUCGGUAAAGUGGAGAGCUCCGACACCAUUAAAGUGGAUAAUGGUUCUGAAGUGAUUGAGAGUGAGCCGCCUGCUGAGAAGAAGGUGGUGAAAAUAAGCCCUCCCUUAUCUGCCAGCGAAAGACUACAGAAAAGAGCUGAGCGUUUCAACCUUCCAGCAUCAGCCGAGAGCAAGAAGGCCAUACGUGCAGCAAGGUUUGGAGCGCCCUCCGAUUCUUCAAGCCCCUCUCCAGGGGUUGUGGCAAACAGCAAAGCUGGCGUGAGCGUUGACGUCCUGAAGAAACGAGCGGAAAGAUUCGGCAUGAACGUCUCAUCAGUUUCACAGAAGAUUGUGGAAGAUGAAAAGCUGAAAAAGAGAAAGGAGAGGUUUGGGAUCUUAACAAGCGCUCCGUUGGCUGCAGGAGACGAUGUCGAGGCAAAGAAAAUGAAACGUGCGGAAAGAUUCGGAAAAGUUUAAAAAAAUGUUUGUUUUUGUAGUGGAUUUUUUUUUGUUGUUGUUUUUUUAAAGGCUGUUCAACAGACUUUUGGGGAUAAAAUAAUCAGUAACUGGAUUUUUGUUAAUCAAAAGUACACUUAAAUAAAGGAUCAUAUCUGAGGGUUAGACUGUUUUCCUGGGAGCCUAAAAGCUCCAUAUUUAUCUGUUUCUACUUCUUAUGAAAACUUACAAGAACAGACCAACUUUCUGACUUUUUUUUUUAAAUUAGCUUCAAUAAUGAUGGAGCAAUAAACAUUUUAUUUCCUACAGCUACUUCAUACCCCAAUAAUGAACAAUCCUGCUGCCUAGCAACCUGGAUGAUGACAGGAGAUAUAUCAAGCAUUUACUGUGCAGCCUUGGCUCUGUUAAAAGUCGAUUUCUGUCUGUUUGAGGUAAAUUAAGGUGUUGUACUUUAUGACAUCAAUGUAGCUGAAUUACAACUUAAAUCAAAACAGACAUUCAAAUGUUUUGGGGGGUUUUUUUGUUCAUUGCUGGAAAAUUUUCAUUUUUCUAUUUGUUUAGGAAACCAGAUAUUUCCUUGAACUUUUUUUUAUUUGAAUUUAUUUGUACUUUUGAUUCAACACACAGCCUUUUAAUUUGUUGUUAUCCUUUUGAGGGAUACCAUCAUAAUACUGCUUCAGGUUAUCUGUCCAUUUUAUAACGUUUUGAAAUUUAAAAUAAAUUGUUUUCAAUUUUUUGA